AAUGUCCGAUACAAGAAAUAUUCCAAUAAAAUUCCAACAACCAUUCUCUUCAACCUCCUCACAACAACAAAGUCCCCAACAACCCCAAUCCCAACAAAAACCUUCUUCAGUUGACAGAUUACGUCAACUUGAAGCAGAAAUAACUAUAGAAGCAGCAGGUAUGCGUUUACCUGAUGAUGAUGCUUUAACUGAAAAAUUGGGUAAUUUCCUUGCCGAAAAGCACCCCCAAGCAGAUUUACAAAUAACUGUAAAUUCUGUUAGAAGAACAAUAACAACUAAACAACAAUAUGAAACGGAAACUCCGGGAAUGGUUGGUCUUAAUGUAGAGAAAUUGUUGGAAUUGCAGAGGAAAUUAAUGGAGAAAAUUAGUGCAAAUAAAAUUGAACCAGCAAAAGAUGCUAGUGCCAAUCUUGAAGACGAGAAAAAAGAAAAAGAGGAAGAAUGGGCGAGAAGAGAAAAUCCUGAAAUUCAACAAUUUGAACAAAUACAAGAAAGUUUUCCAAUUGAUGACACAACAAUGGUUACUAAAAAACGGACACAUAUAAUCUCUACAAGCCAAUCUCGUGUUAAAGGUUUUUGA